AUGGCUCACUUCAACGCAGGAGGAGGCAGCCACAUGGAGGGAGGGGUUCACCCUAAACUGGUAUCCCACUCCACUAGUUCCCCUCUCUUAGCCAAGCUAGCUGCCCUGGAGAAGAGCCGAUCAGGAGGAGCCCUGACCACCACUAAAUCCCCUGCACCUAAGCCUGUGUUUCAGAAGAAAUGUGAGACCGCAGCCAGAGAAGAUGUAGGAACCUCGUUCCCCAAACCCCAGUCCUUCAAACUCAGGCCUGUGGAGACCAUCAGGGACACAGCGUCUUCAGGGCCUGAGUCCACUUUCACCAGACCUCCACUGAAAAGGUGUCCUGUCAACACAGCCUUUCUGGACAACGAGGUCCAACCGGCUCCGGCCUCAGGCUCAGCCAAACCCCCGUGGGUAAAGGACAGUGAGUCAGAAAACACCCCUACAGUCCCUAAACUGCCCAUAGCCCUCAAAUCAAAGAUCUCCAUCUCAUCACUGCAGUCCAACCUUGACCAAGGGACCCUAAAGGAACAUCCAACACCAUCCAUCCCCAAAUUGCCCCAGCUCUCCAUCUUCAAAUCCCUUCCACCCGUGGCUCAACAGAACUCCCUCACAAGACAGGGAAGUGAAACAAGCCUCCAAACUUUGAACUCUAGCAACUGCAUGCCUCCCCAACCUCCUCCCACCCUGGAACCCAACUUCCUGACAGCGCAAGCUGGAGCGAGGGAUGAACUGGUCCCUCAUGAAGAGAAUGAUGAUCCCUCGGCCCCUAAGAGGAAACCCCUGCCUAAUGUAUUUUCCCUGGGGGACCCUCCUCUGAAACCCAACAGGCCUCCCCAUGUUACCUUACAGAGGUUUCGGACUGAUGGUGAGAUCUCUUCUCCUUUCCUCUAUGUACAUCCAAAAUACAUAAAAACCUAAUUAUUGUGUCUAGUUGACAUGUCGUUAGGUCACAUGACCCAGUCCUCUUCCUUAAAUAUGUCAUCAUGUCUCGUAAAGAAAGAAUGACAAAAGAAGCUAUUAGGCACAGAUCUAGGAUCAGCUUACCCUCCUCAAAUUGUAACCUUAACCAUUAGGAGAAAACAUGCACAACAAGCAUGGUUCUAUUGCUUUGUUGUUCUGUGUGACAGGUCCAGAGUUGAGUACAGCUGGGCCUCCUCCCUCUCCUCUUGCUCCCCACACCAGCAAAUUCCCUGCACCUUUGACCCCCUGCCUACUCUCUAAGGCCCCUGCAGUUAGGUAAGUACAAUACUUUGCUUAUGAGAAUCAUAGAUUGAAGAAGAAACUCCUUAUAGCAUACAAACGUUAACCACCGUAGGCCUACCACACACCCCUGCAGCCCCCAAGUGUCUCCGUCUUGUCCGAUACAUUUUUACUCGGUCUCGGAUAGUGAGGACUCCUAAUUUCUUCAAGAGACCAGCCGAGACUAGCGGAGUAAAAAAACUCAUAAUGAUCAGCUUCCAUUCAGUCAACCAUAAAAGCGCUUCGCCAGUCCAAAUAUAUACACUCCUUUUUGGAACAUUAAUAUCUUAUGAACUAUUGAAAUCUGUGAUUCCAACUUUACUCGUAAUAUUACUGACCGUUACUUUCAUUUUUAAAAAUCCUCAAACUUUUUCCGAAUUUCCUUGACUUGCUGGUAGUGAAGAGGGGGGGAAAUUGUUGUAAAGUUGCGCGCUCACUAUUAGUAAAGUGGAGACAGAGUGAAAUUGUAACAGUCUUUAUAUCUAUUACAGACAUGUUUGCGCAGUGGCGAACCUAUUGGAUUUAGGCCUUCAGUGUGUGACAGGCUCGUGAUGCGGAAAGGACAGCAACCGUAAUACUAGCGCACUCAAGUGCACUUUUUGUAAAACACAAAGGGUCAGUGGUGUAGUGGAGGCUAUACGCCGGUAUACGUCCUAUACACACUUUAUUUUCAGUGGGCAUUGCCUAUACACACUUCUUAAUCCCUUCUGUUGCGUAUCAAAGUAGUGUAGUGGAGGUAUACUACUUAUUCAUGAUGUACUGCACGUGAAAUAUAUUAACAUGAGCGCAGCACAUAUAGCCUAGGUUUAGCGGAAUAUCAUCUGCAGGCAGCAAGGGCUGGCAGCAAGAACUGGUUUUGAUGGUGCAGCUCACAGAAGAAUGACAUCGGUAGCUGUUUCAAUUUAUUAUAUAUACCAGUAAAUGCAAACCAAAGUAAAAAUGGGUAUGCAAACCAGGUAUUGAAAAAGUUUGGUCAUUAGUCUUGGUUAGUAGGCUAUUUGCGAUGUGCAAUCCAGUCAUCAUGCGCUGUUUGCAUGAACAUGUCUAAAGGCUUUCCCAAAAAACUUUCCCAAUUAAAUGUUGACUGCAAUGUAGGCUUACCUGGGCUUACCUGACAGAAUGAUAUAAUGCUGAUUUGUAUCUAUUGGGAGAGCAUUUGUUUUGCUCAAUUGAAUUAAAGGGCAACUACAUCCUCCAAAAAUAUAUUUUCUAGAUUUUUUCCCAGACCUAAAAAAUGGUCUCCUGAUGUGGUUUAAGCAUUGUUGUGGACUUAGAACAUCACAUUUUUGUUGUUUAAAUUUUUUUAAGUGUGAUUUUGAGAGUGAAAAUCUGAAAAAUCUAUAGGAAAACAGCAUGCGAGCUGCAAUAAAAAACACAGUUACACCAGAUGAUGAUCAUUUGAAAGUUAUUCUUGAAUAGGGAGAAGCUAACAAAUCAGCAACAACAUCCACUACAACAAAAGCUAGCUAGCUAGACCAUGGGAAGACUACUGCUUGCUAUUGCACAGUGACCUGUUGGCCAUUACAAGUCAAUGUGAUUGGUUGAUUCCACUGUCACUCCAAAAUGUUGCCCUAAUACAGUUGAAUGGCAGAUGCCUUCUAUCAAGUUUCUGAUGGCCUAGCCUGUGGCUAACUUAGCAAGCUUGAUUUAUCUUACCAGAGACCACCAAAGAAAAAUACUGAUUGGAUAUUUUUUUCUCUUCAGUUUGAACCUUUUCCUUUCUAACAAAAACAGAAGAGAUUAAGUUAGAACAUCAUUGAAAAUAAUAAUAUAUACACUACCUUUCAAAAGUUUGGGGUCACUUAGAAAUGUCCUUGUUUUUUUCGAAAGAAAAGCAAUUUUUUUUGUCCAUUAAAAUAACAUCAAAUUGAUCAGAAAUACAGUGUAGACAUUGUUAAUGUUGUAAAUGGCUAUUGUAGCUGGAAACAACUGAUUUUUAAUGGAAUAUCUACAUAGGCGUACAGAGGCCCAUUAUCAGCAACCAUCAGUCCUGUGUUCCAAUGGCACGUUGUAUUUGCUAAUCCAAGUUUAUCAUUUUAAAAGGCUAAUUGAUCAUUAGAAAACCCGUUUGCAAUUAUGUUAGCACAGCUGAAAACUGUUGUGCUGAUUAAAGAAGCAAAAAAAUGGGCCUUCUUGAGACUAGUUAAGUAUCAGCAAUUGUGGGUUUGAUUACAGGCUCAAAAUGGCCAGAAACAAAGAACUUUCUUCUGAAACUCGUCAGUCUAUUGUUCUGAGAAAUGAAGGCUAUUCCAUGCGAGAAAUUGCCAAGAAACUGAAGAUCUCGUACAAUGCUGUGUACUACUCCCUUCACAGAACAGCACAAACUGGCUCUAACCAGAAUAGAAAGAGGAGUGGGAGGCCCCGGUGCACAACUGAGCAAGAGGACAAAUACAUUAGAGUGUCUAGUUUGAGAAACAGACGCCUCACAGGUCCUCAACUGGCAGCUUCAUUAAAUAGUACACGCAAAACACCAGUCUCAACGUCAACAGUGAAGAGGCGACUCCGGGAUGCUGACCUUCUAGGCAGAUUUGCAAAGAAAAAGCCAUAUCUCAGACUGGCCAAUAAAAAUAAAAGAUUAAGAUGGGCAAAAGAACACUGGACAGAGGAAGAUUGGAAAAAAGUGUAAUGGACAGACGAAUCGAAGUUUGAGGUGUUCGGAUCACAAAGAAGAACAUUUGUGAGACAGAGACCAAAUGAAAAGAUGCUUGGAGGAGUGCUUGAUGCCAUCUGUCAAGCAUGGUGGAGGCAAUGUGAUGGUCUGGGGAUGCUUUGGUGGUGAUAAAGUGGGAGUUUUGUACAGGGUAAAAUGGAUCUUGAAGAAGGAAGGCUAUCACUCCAUUUUGCAAAUCCAUGCCAUACCCUGUGGACGGCGCUUGAUUGGAGUCAAUUUCCUCCUACAACAGGACAAUGACCCAAAACACAGCUCUAAACUAUGCAAUAAUGUCUAAAAUGGAGUGGCCAGCACAGUCACCGGAUCUCAACCCUAUUGAGCUAUUGUGGGAGCAGCUUGACCGUAUGGUACGUAAGAAGUGCCCAUCAAACCAUUCCAACUUAUGGGAGGCGCUUCAGGAAGCAUGGGAUGAAAUCUCUUCAGAUUACCUCAACAAAUUGAUAACUAGAAUGCCAAAGGUCUGCAAGGCUGUAAUUUCUGCAAAUGGAGGAUUCUUUGACGAAAGCAAAGUUUGAAGGACACAAUUAUUAUUUCAAUUAAAAAUAAUUAUUUCUAACCUUGUCAAUGACUACAUUUCUGAUUCAUUUUGCUAUAUUUCCUAUUCAAACUAAUUUCAUGUAUGUUUUCAUGGAAAACAAGGACAUUUCUAAGUGACCCCAAACUUUCGUUGUUCCCCACUGUCUUUGAGUUAGUAAAAAUGUGUAAGUGUCUCUAUUUGCCCUCAGAAUGUUUUUUUUCACCAUUCUGAAUGUCUAAAGAAUCCAUAUGUUCUUCUGAAAUAUGAACACAGAAAUACUGGAUAUUUUGAACUCUUAUUAUGGUGACGAUUUGACAAAAUUACAGUCAUUGUCUUGAAUUGGACUCACAUUUUUCUGGUCUCGGACCUCUCUUCCCCCUCCCGGUUUUUGUCUUGACUUGGUCUCACCCCCCCCCCCCCCCCCCCUUUAUAUUUGUAUAUAUAUUAUAUAUAUAUUGUGUGUGUGUGUGUGUGUCUUACAUGAAUGGUGAUCAGAAUCCAGGCCGACCAGGAGGAGAGCUAUGACGACGUUGGGGUCAUGAAUCUCCCUGCACCCCUUCCCCCUGGAGGUGCCACUUCCAUUCUUACACAACCUAUAAGAGUGCUACGGGGCAAUGUGAAUAAUAUACAGUGAGGGAAAAAAGUAUUUGAUCCCCUGCUGAUUUUGUACGUUUGCCCACUGACAAAGAAAUGAUCAGUCUAUAAUUUUAAUGGUAGGUUUAUUUGAACAGUGAGAGACAGAAUAACAACAACAAAAAAUCCAGAAAAACGCAUGUAAAAAAAUUUAUAAAUUGAUUUGCAUUUUAAUGAGGGAAAUAAGUAUUUGACCCCUCUGCAAAAUAUGACUUAGUACUUGGUGGCAAAACCCUUGUUGGCAAUCACAGAGGUCAGACGUUUCUUGUAGUUGGCCACCAGGUUUGCACACAUCUCAGGAGGGAUUUUGUCCCACUCCUCUUUGCAGAUCUUCUCCAAGUCAUUACAUUUUCGAGGCUGACGUUUGGCAACUCGAACCUUCAGCUCCCUCCACAGAUUUUCUAUGGGAUUAAGGUCUGGAGACUGGCUAGGCCACUCCAGGACUUUAAUGUGCUUCUUCUUGAACCACUCCUUUGUUGCCUUGGCCGUGUGUUUUGGGUCAUUGUCAUGCUGGAAUACCCAUCCACGACCCAUUUUCAAUGCCCUGGCUGAGGGAAGGAGAUUCUCACCCAAGAUUUGACGGUACAUGGCGCCGUCCAUCGUCCCUUUGAUGCGGUGAAGUUGUCCUGUCCCCUUAGCAGAAAAACACCCCCAAAGCAUAAUGUUUCCACCUCCACGUUUGACGGUGGGGAUGGUGUUCUUGGGGUCAUAGGCAGCAUUCCUCCUCCUCCAAACACGGCGAGUUGAGUUGAUGCCAAAGAGCUCGAUUUUGGUCUCAUCUGACCACAACACUUUCACCCAGUUCUCCUCUGAAUCAUUCAGAUGUUCAUUGGUAAACUUCAGACGGGCAUGUACAGUGGGGAGAACAAGUAUUUGAUACACUGCCGAUUUUUCAGGUUUUCCUACUUACAAAGCAUGUAGAGGUCUGUCAUUUUUAUCAUAGGUACACUUCAACUGUGAGAGACGGAAUCUAAAACAAAAAUCCAGAAAAUCACAUUGUAUGAUUUUAAAGUAAUUAAUUUGCAUUUUAUUGCAUGACAUAAGUAUUUGAUACAUCAGAAAAGCAGAACUUAAUAUUUGGUACAGAAACCUUUGUUUGCAAUUACAGAGAUCAUACGUUUCCUGUAGGUCUUGACCAGGUUUGCACACACUGCAGCAGGGAUUUUGGCCCACUCCUCCAUACAGACCUUCUCCAGGUCCUUCAGGUUUCUGGGCUGUCGCUGGGCAAUACGGACUUUCAGCUCCCUCCAAAGAUUUUCUAUUGGGUUCAGGUCUGGAGACUGGCUAGGCCACUCCAGGACCUUGAGAUGCUUCUUACGGAGCCACUCCUUAGUUGCCCUGGCUGUGUGUUUCAGGUCGUUGUCAUGCUGGAAGACCCAGCCACGACCCAUCUUCAAUGCUCUUACUGAGGGAAGGAGGUUGUUGGCCAAGAUCUCGCGAUACAUGGCCCCAUCCAUCCUCCCCUCAAUACGGUGCAGUCGUCCUGUCCCCUUUGCAGAAAAGCAUCCCCAAAGAAUGAUGUUUCCACCUCCAUGCUUCAAGGUUGGGAUGGUGUUCUUGGGAUUGUACUCAUCCUUCUUCUUCGUCCAAACACGGCGAGUGGAGUUUUUGUCUCAUCAGACCACAUGACCUUCUCCCAUUCCUCCUCUGGAUCAUCCAGAUGGUCAUUGGCAAACUUUAGACUGGGCCUGGACAUGCGCUGGCUUGAGCAGGGGGACCUUGCAUGCGCUGCAGGAUUUUAAUCCAUGACGGCGUAGUGUGUUACUAAUGGUUUUCUUUGAGACUGUGGUCCCAGCUCUCUUCAGGUCAUUGACCAGGUCCUGCCGUGUAGUUCUGGGCUGAUCCCUCACCUUCCUCAUGAUCAUUGAUGCCCUACGAGGUGAGAUCUUGCAUGGAGCCCCAGACCGAGGGUGAUUGACCGUCAUCUUGAACUUCUUCCAUUUUCUAAUAAUUGCGCCAACAGUUGUUGCCUUCUCACCAAGCUGCUUGCCUAUUGUCCUGUAGCCCAUCCCAGCCUUGUGCAGGUCUACAAUUGUAUCCCUGAUGUCCUUACACAGCUCUCUGGUCUUGGCCAUUGUGGAGAGGUUGGAGUCUGUUUGAUUGAGUGUGUGGACAGGUGUCUUUUAUACAGGUAACGAGUUCAAACAGGUGCAGUUAAUACAGGUAAUGAGUGGAGAACAGGAGGGCUUCUUAAAGAAAAACUAACAGGUCUGUGAGAGCCGGAAUUCUUACUGUUUGUUAGAUGAUCAAAUACUUAUGUCAUGCAAUAAAAUGCAAAUUAAUUACUUAAAAAUCAUACAAUGUGAUUUUCUGGAUUUUUGUUUUAGAUUCCGCCUCUCACAGUUGAAGUGUACCUAUGAUAAAAAUUACAGACCUCUACAUGCUUUGUAAGUAGGAAAACCUGCAAAAUCGGCAGUGUAUCAAAUAGUUGUUCUCCCCACUGUAUAUGUGCUUUCUUGAGCAGGGGGACCUUUCAGUCCUUCACGGCGUAGUGUGUUACCAAUUGUUUUCUUGGUGACUAUGGUCCCAGCUGCCUUGAGAUCAUUGACAAGAUCCUCCCGUGUAGUUCUGGGCUGAUUUCUCUCCGUUCUCAUGAUCAUUGCAACUCCACGAGGUGAGAUCUUGCAUGGAGCCCCAGGCCAAGGGAGAUUGACAGUUCUUUUGUGUUUCUUUCAUUUAUGAAUAAUCGCACCAACUGUUGUCACCUUCUCACCAAGCUGCUUGGCGAUGGUCUUGUAGCCCAUUCCAGCCAUGUGUAGGUCUACAAUCUUGUCCCUGACAUCCUUGGAGAGCUCUUUGGUCUUGGCCAUGGUGGAGAGUUUGGAAUCUGAUUGAUUGAUUGCUUCUGUGGACAGGUGUCUUUUAUACAGGUAACAAGCUGAGAAUAGAAUCACUCCUUUUAAGAGUGUGCUCCUAAUCUCAGCUCGUUACCUGUAUAAAAGACACCUGGGAGCCAGACAUCUUUCUGAUUGAGAGGGGGUCAAAUACUUAUUUCCCUCAUUAAAAUGCAAAUCAAUUUAUAACAUUUUUGACAUGCGUUUUUCUGGAUUUGUUUGUUAUUUUUCUAUCUCUCACUGUUCAAAUAAACCUACCAUUAAAAUUAUAGACUGAUCAUUUCUUUGUCAGUGGGCAAACGUACAAAAUCAGCAGGGGAUCAAAUACUUUUUUCCCUCACUGUACGUAGCUAGGCCCUAAAUCAUUUGGUGGAACAAAGAUGAUUGGUUCAAAUUAAGAGAUAAAAAUGUGUUUAAUACUCUAUGUUGUGGAUGUAAGCUACAACAUAAAAAAUUAUGUUAAUAAUCAACAUUUAACUGAAAAUGAUGAAUAUGUUUGUUUGGUUUUCAUUACAGGACAUCCCAACCUGAAAAUUGAGGUACAAUAUCUGAUUUGCCUGAAACCGGUAAUAUGGAGCCUCGAAACAGUACAACUAGUUCAAGUUACUGCACUGUACAUAGCAUGCAUUUAGACAGGGCACAUGAUUGGUGUUAAAGUGUGUGACAUAUGUAGCAGUAAAAAUAACAUGCUAGGAGAAAAGAGGAAGUGGUUAAGAGAGAUAACUAGACCCUUGCAGUAUGUAGCUUCAGUAAGCCACUUCUGACUGAACAUUUGUUUGAAUGGUCAUUUACAUAUUUAGAUACAGUAUGUGUACAGUCCAAAUCUCUGCAACAAGCGUAAUCUGUCUUUGAUAACAAUCAUUUCUGUUAGUUUGAAGCUUCACUUUAAAGCUUGAUUGUAAUAUUGUAUGUCCCAUCCUCUAACAGGUGGAGUUGAGUGAUGAAGAGAUGUAUGAAGACUUAGAGGAGAGAUGGUGAGAGGGGUCUGAAUAGAAUGUAAAACGAUGUUAUAUAUAAUAGUGACACCUCUGUAGUAUUAUCGUCUAUAUGUUUGAUUCUCAACCCCAGUAUAAUUCUUUAUCCAACAUUUACUCUCUCUCUCUUUCACGACAGGAUUGAAAAGGAGGCUAAAGGAUCGAAAGAAAUGAAAGGACAAGAGAAGAAGAGCGACAAAGAGGAGAAGAGACGACUAGAGCAGGAGAAAAAAAUGCAGAAAGCCAGAGAGAAGAAGGAGCAAGAGGCAAAGAAAAAGUACAAGGUACACAGGAUACAGGAUACAGGAUACAGGAUACAGGAUACACUGGGGGAAGUAUUAAGUCAGCCACCAAUUGUGCAAGUUCUCCCACUUAAAAAGAUGAGAGAGGCCUGUAAUUUUCAUCAUAGGUACACAUCAACUAUGACAGACAAAAUGAGAAAAGAAAAUCCAGAAAAUCACAUUGUAGGAUUUGUAAUGAAUUUAUUUGCAAAUUAUGGUGGAAAAUAAGUAUUUGGUCAAUAACAAAAGUUUCUCAAUACUUUGUUAUAUACCCUUUGUUGGCAAUGACACAGGUCAAACGUUUUCUGUAAGUCUUCACAAGGUUUUCACACACUGUUGCUGGUAUUUUGGCCCAUUCCUCCAUGCAGAUCUCCUCUAGAGCAGUGAUGUUUUGGGGCUGUCGCUGGGCAACACGGACUUUCAACUCCCUCCAAAGAUUUUCUAUGGGGUUGAGAUCUGGAGACUGGCUAGGCCACUCCAGGACCUUGAAAUGCUUCUUACGAAGCCACUCCUUCGUUGCCCGGGUGGUGUGUUUGGGAUCAUUGUCAUGCUGAAAGACCCAGCCACGUUUCAUCUUCAAUGCCCUUGCUGAUGGAAGGAGGUUUUCACUCAAAAUCUCACGAUACAUGGCCCCAUUCAUUCUUUCCUUUACACGGAUCAGUCGUCCUGGUCCCUUUGCAGAAAAACAGCCCCAUAGCAUGAUGUUUCCACCCCCAUGCUUCACAGUAGGUAUGGUGUUCUUUGGAUGCAACUCAGCAUUCUUUGUCCUCCAAACACGACGAGUUGAGUUUUUACCAAAAAGUUCUAUUUUGGUUUCAUCUGACAUUCUCCCAAUCCUCUUCUGGAUCAUCCAAAUGCACUCUAGCAAACAUCAGACGGGCCUGGACAUGUACUGGCUUAAGCAGGGGGACACGUCUUGCACUGCAGGAUUUGAGUCCCUGGCGGCGUAGUGUGUUACUGAUGGUAGGCUUUGUUACUUUGGUCCCAGCUCUCUGCAGGUCAUUCACUAGGUCCCCCCAUGUGGUUCUGGGAUUUUUGCUCACCGUUCUUGUGAUCAUUUUGACCCCACGGGGUGAGAUCUUGCGUGGAGCCCCAGAUCGAGGGAGAUUAUCAGUGGUCUUGUAUGUCUUCCAUUUCCUAAUAAUUGCUCCCACAGUUGAUUUCUUCAAACCAAGCUGCUUACCUAUUGCAGAUUCAGUCUUCCCAGCCUGGUGCAGGUCUACAAUUUUGUUUCUGUUGUCCUUUGACAGCUCUUUGGUCUUGGCCAUAGUGGAGUUUGGAGUGUGACUGUUUGAGGUUGUGGACAGGUGUCUUUUAUACUGAUAACAAGUUCAAACAGGUGCCAUUAAUACAGGUAACGAGUGGAGGACAGAGGAGCCUCUUAAAGAAGAAGUUACAGGUCUGUGAGAGCCAGAAAUCUUGCUUGUUUGUAGGUGACCAAAUACUUAUUUUCCACCAUAAUUUACAAAUAAAUUCAUUAAAAAUCCUACAAUGUGAUUUUCUGGAUUUUAUUUUCUCAAUUUGUCUGUCAUAGUUGACGUGUACCUAUGAUGAAAAUUACAGGCCUCUCUCAUCUUUUUAAGUGGGAGAACUUGCACAAUUGGUGGCUGACUAAAUACUUUUUUUCCCCCACUGUAUGUAUAUUUAAGUAAUAAGGCCCGAGGGGGUGUGGUAUAUGGCCAAUAUACCAUGGCUAAGGGCUGUUCUUAUGCACGAUGCAACGCGGAGUGCCUGGAUACAGCCCUUAGCCGAGGUAUAUUGGCCAUAUAUCACAAACCCCCGAGGUGCAUUAUUGCUAUUAUAAACUGGUUACCAACAUAAUUAGAGCAGUAAAAAUAAAUGUAUUUUCAUACCCGUGGUAUAUACCACAGGUUUUAGCCAAUCAGCAUUCAGGGCUCGAACCACCCAGUUUAUAAAUCUGGAUUUAUAUCUAUUACAACCAUGUGUAGAGGAGUAACACAUAUCCCUGUUUGUAGCUCUCAGGGCCGAUUCAGGUGAUUCACAAAGCCAAGGCUCGGUCGGAUUGUAAAGGAGGAAAGACUGACCUGCCACUAACGCAGGGAGAGACUAUAGAUAUCAUACGCAUCACUGACAACCCAGAAGGACGUUGGCUGGCCAGGAACAAUGAGGGAAACUGUAAGUGUAUACACAUACAGUAAAUGCACACAUAUAAACACACACACACAGCACCCUCUCUCUUCCUGUUCUCACUGCCUCCUCCUCCUUGCUGUGUUGUAGAUGGCUAUGUAAGGACUGAGUCAGUGGGCAUUGACUAUGACCUUAUAAAGGAGCAGAAGAAAGAACCCCUAUCUAACGAGUCUGAGGGAAACCCUGAGGUUUAUGAUGACGUAGCCAUCCAGGACAACGCCUGCAGGUAAAAUACAAAAAAGAAGUUAAAUGUUAGAGCUUUGAAAUGUUGGUUACUUUGUUGUCUAUGUGAUGUGUCAUUGUGACCCGUUGGUGUCUAUGCUUCAAUAGUCUCACUUUUUUUUUCUCCAGUGGGAUCAAGGUCCAACAAGGUAAGUCUUAUAUUGAUAUUAUCUAUAUUUCAUCAGAAAUCAUAACAGACCAGUAAUAUAACAAAUUACAAAAAACAACUAGACUUCGGCCUAGUAUGCAGCGUUCAAAGCAUGGCUUGUUCCUCAGCCAGUCGCAUAGCAAUAACGAGCCUUUUUCCAUGCUGUUAUUUUCCCUCUCCUCAUGACAGCUGAGGAUGGUGAUAUCUAUGAUGAUGUGGACGGAUCGACUCAAAACAGGUAUAUUAUGUAAUUAUGUGGUAAUUUUGUGAAUAUUUGAUGCAGCGAGUAGGAAUCUUUGUCAACGUAAUACAGUUUCUCUCUCACGGGUGUUCCUCAUCGUUGCAUAGUAUUUGACUGACAUCUAGUGGUCAGAAGUAUUAUUGCAUAAAGUCAUGCUGGAACAGCGUUGCAUUGACAGCAUUUUGAUCCCUUCUUUCCUUUACCUUUACCUUUAUGAAUGACCCCUUUACCUUUAUGAAUGACCCCUUUACCUUUAUGAAUGACCCCUGAAACCUUUAUGAAUGACCCCUUUACCUUUAUGAAUGACCCCUGAAACCUUUAUGAAUGACCCCUUUACCUUUAUGAAUGACCCCUGAAAGCUUUAUGAAUGACCCCUGAAACCUUUAUGAAUGACCCCUGAAACCUUUAUGAAUGACCCCUGAAACCUUUCCCAUGUAUAAUCUCAAUACAGUGAAUACACCAUCUGGAUCUUUUUGUUCAAUAACCGUUUGAUCUUCAUUCUCAGAUUUCCUCCUCAACCAACUCCAGUGUUUAUAGAGGGAGGUAAUGAUAUGAUCACUUGUUCACUGGGAAAGUAAACAGCAGUCUUCCCAGUUAUUUCCCAGUCAAAUUAUUUCCCAGUAUUCUUUAAAUAAAAUCACCAUUCUAUUUGUUUUACUGUACAGUGUGUACUCUGUAAUAAAGUUAAAGAAGUGUGUUGCUUCAUUGGUCUGUCUUUAUGUCCAUAGACAUGAUAUAUGAUGACGUGGAGUCCCAGAGCAUUCCUACCCCUCCUCUUCUCAACAGGUGAGAAGAGAGUCACAGUGACAGAGUUGGGUCAACAAUACUCUCGAAUAGUCAGUUCAGACACAAAUGAGCUUGAAAUCAAUACCUAAGUUAAAUCAUUUUGUGUUUCUCCAUUUCAGUCUCCCUCAGCUGACACCUAAGGGAACGCAAGAGGUGAUGGACCCCAAGAAGAAAAAGAAGUUUGAGAAAGAGGAAAAGGAAAUCAGGAAGAAAUUCAAAGUAAGAUGUCUAAUUGUGACAGGAGAAAACAAUGACAUAAUGUACAGUCGUGGUCAAAAGUUUUGAGAAUGACAUUAGUAUUGGUCUUCAGAAAGUUCACUGCUUCAGUGUUAUGAGAUAUCUUUGUCAGAUGUUACUAUGGUAUGCUGAAGUAUGAUUACAAGCAUUCCAUAAGUGUCAAAGGCUUUUAUUGACAAUUACAUUAAGUUUAUGCAAAUAGUCAAUAUUUGCUGUGUUGACCCUUCUUUUUCAAGACCUCUGCAAUCCGCCCUGGCAUACUGUCAAUUAACUUCUAGGCCACAUCCUCACUAAUGGCAGCCCAUUCUUGCAUAAUCAAUGCUUGGAGUUUGUCAGAAUUUGUGGGGUUUUGUUUUUCCACCCCCCUCUUGAGGAUCGACCACAGGUUCUCAAUGGGAUUAAGGUCUGGGGAGUUUCCUGGCCAUGGACCCAAAAUGUAGAUGUUUUGUUCCCCGAGCCACUUAGUUAUCACUUUUGCCUUAUGGCAAGGUGCUCCAUCAUGCUCUCAGGAUGCUUUACUGUUGGCAUGACACAGGACUGAUGGUAGCGCUCACCUUGUCUUCUCCGGACAAGGUGUUUUCCGGAUGCCCCAAACAAUCGGAAAGGGGAUUCAUCAGAGAAAAUGACUUUACCCCAGUCCUCAGCAGUCCAAUCCCUGUACCUUUUGCAGAAUAUCAGUCUGUCCCUGAUGUUUUUCCUGGAGAGAAGUGGCUUCUUUGCUGCCCUUCUUGACACUAGGCCAUCCUCCAAAAGUAUUCGCCUCACACCUGCCUGCUGCUAUUCCUGAGCAAGCUCUGCACUGGUGGUGCCCCGAUCCGGCAGCUGAAUCAACUUUAGGAGACGGUCCUGGCUCUUGCUGGACUUUCUUGGGCGCCCUGACACCGCCUUCACAACAAUUGAACCUCUCUCCUUGAAGUUCUUGAUGAUCCGAUAAAUGGUCGAUUUAGGUGCAAUCUUACUAGCAGCAAUAUCCUUUCACUAGGUCCCCCCGUGUGGUUCUGGGAUUUUUGCUCACCGUUCUUGUGAUCAUUUUGACCCCACGGGGUGAGAUCUUGCGUGGAGCCCCAGAUCGAGGGAGAUUAUCAGUGGUCUUGUAUGUCUUCCAUUUCCUAAUAAUUGCUCCCACAGUUGAUUUCUUCAAACCAAGCUGCUUACCUAUUGCAGAUUCAGUCUUCCCAGCCUGGUGCAGGUCUACAAUUUUGUUUAUGUUGUCCUUUGACAGCUCUUUGGUCUUGGCCAUAGUGGAGUUUGGAGUGUGACUGUUUGAGGUUGUGGACAGGUGUCUUUUAGACUGAUAACAAGUUCAAACAGGUGCCAUUAAUACAGGUAACGAGUGGAGGACAGAGGAGCCUCUUAAAGAAGAAGUUACAGGUCUGUGAGAGCCAGAAAUCUUGCUUGUUUGUAGGUGACCAAAUACUUAUUUUCCACCAUAAUUUACAAAUAAAUUCAUAAAAAAUCCUACAAUGUGAUUUUCUGGAUUUUAUUUUCUCAAUUUGUCUAUCAUAGUUGACGUGUACCUAUGAUGAAAAUUACAGGCCUCUCUCAUCUUUUUAAGUGGGAGAACUUGCACAAUUGGUGGCUGACUAAAUACUUUUUCCCCCCACUGUAUGUAUAUUUAAGUAAUAAGGCCCGAGGGGGUGUGGUAUAUGGCCAAUAUACCAUGGCUAAGGGCUGUUCUUAUGCACGAUGCAACGCGGAGUGCCUGGAUACAGCCCUUAGCCAUUAUAUAUUAGCCAUAUAUCACAAACCCCCGAGGUGCCUUAUUGCUAUUAUAAACUGGUUACCAACAUAAUUAGAGCAGUAAAAAUAAAUGUAUUUUCAUACCCGUGGUAUAUACCACAGCUUUUAGCCAAUCAGCAUUCAGGGCUCGAACCAACAGUUUAUAAAUCUGGAUUUAUAUCUAUUACAACCAUGUGUAGAGGAGUAACACAUAUCCCUGUUUGUAGCUCUCAGGGCCGAUUCAGGUGAUUCACAAAGCCAAGGCUCGGUCGGAUUGUAAAGGAGGAAAGACUGACCUGCCACUAACGCAGGGAGAGACUAUAGAUAUCAUACGCAUCACUGACAACCCAGAAGGACGUUGGCUGGCCAGGAACAAUGAGGGAAACUGUAAGUGUAUACACAUACAGUAAAUGCACACAUAUAAACACACACACACAGCACCCUCUCUCUUCCUGUUCUCACUGCCUCCUCCUCCUUGCUGUGUUGUAGAUGGCUAUGUAAGGACUGAGUCAGUGGGCAUUGACUAUGACCUUAUAAAGGAGCAGAAGAAAGAACCCCUAUCUAACGAGUCUGAGGGAAACCCUGAGGUUUAUGAUGACGUAGCCAUCCAGGACAACGCCUGCAGGUAAAAUACAAAAAAAAUGUUAAAUGUUAGAGCUUUGAAAUGUUGGUUACUUUGUUGUCUAUGUGAUGUGUCAUUGUGACCCGUUGGUGUCUAUGCUUCAAUAGUCUCACUUUUUUUUUCUCCAGUGGGAUCAAGGUCCAACAAGGUAAGUCUUAUAUUGAUAUUAUCUAUAUUUCAUCAGAAAUCAUAACAGACCAGUAAUAUAACAAAUUACAAAAAACAACUAGACUUCGGCCUAGUAUGCAGCGUUCAAAGCAUGGCUUGUUCCUCAGCCAGUCGCAUAGCAAUAACGAGCCUUUUUCCAUGCUGUUAUUUUCCCUCUUCUCAUGACAGCUGAGGAUGGUGAUAUCUAUGAUGAUGUGGACGGAUCGACUCAAAACAGGUAUAUUAUGUAAUUAUGUGGUAAUUUUGUGAAUAUUUGAUGCAGCGAGUAGGAAUCUUUGUCAACGUAAUACAGUUUCUCUCUCACGGGUGUUCCUCAUCGUUGCAUAGUAUUUGACUGACAUCUAGUGGUCAGAAGUAUUAUUGCAAAAGUCAUGCUGGAACAGCGUUGCAUUGACAGCAUUUUGAUCCCUUCUUUCCGUUACCUUUACCUUUAUGAAUGACCCCUGAAACCUUUAUGAAUGACCCCUUUACCUUUAUGAAUGACCCCUUUACCUUUAUGAAUGACCCCUUUACCUUUAUGAAUGACCCCUUAACCUUUAUGAAUGACCCCUUUACCUUUAUGAAUGACCCCUGAAACCUUUAUGAAUGACCCCUGAAACCUUUCCCAUGUAUAAUCUCAAUACAGUGAAUACACCAUCUGGAUCUUUUUGUUCAAUAACCAUUUGAUCUUCAUUCUCAGAUUUCCUCCUCAACCACCUCCAGUGUUUAUAGAGGGAGGUAAUGAUAUGAUCACUUGUUCACUGGGAAAGUAAACAGCAGUCUUCCCAGUUAUUUCCCAGUCAAAUUAUUUCCCAGUAUUCUUUAAAUAAAAUCACCAUUCUAUUUGUUGUACUGUACAGUGUGUACUGUGUAAUCAAGUUAAAGAAGUGUGUUGCUUCAUUGGUCUGUCUUUAUGUCCAUAGACAUGAUAUAUGAUGACGUGGAGUCCCAGAGCAUUCCUACCCCUCCUCUUCUCAACAGGUGAGAAGAGAGUCACAGUGACAGAGUUGGGUCAACAAUACUCUCGAAUAGUCAGUUCAGACACAAAUGAGCUUGAAAUCAAUACCUAAGUUAAAUCAUUUUGUGUUUCUCCAUUUCAGUCUCCCUCAGCUGACACCUAAGGGAACGCAAGAGGUGAUGGACCCCAAGAAGAAAAAGAAGUUUGAGAAAGAGGAAAAGGAAUUCAGGAAGAAAUUCAAAGUAGGAUGUCUAAUUGUGACAGGAGAAAACAUAAUGACAUAAUGUACAGUCGUGGUCAAAAGUUUUGAGAAUGACACAAAUAUUGGUCUUCACAAAGUUCACUGCUUCAGUGUUAUGAGAUAUCUUUGUCAGAUGUUACUAUGGUAUGCUGAAGUAUAAUUACAAGCAUUCCAUAAGUGUCAAAGACUUUUAUUGACAAUUACAUUAAGUUUAUGCAAAGAGUCAAUAUUUGCAGUGUUGACCCUUCUUUUUCAAGACCUCUGCAAUCCGCCCUGGCAUGCUGUCAAUUAACUUCUAGGCCACAUCCUGACUAAUGGCAGCCCAUUCUUGCAUAAUCAAUGCUUGGAGUUUGUCAGAAUUUGUGGGGUUUUGUUUUUCCACCCGCCUCUUGAGGAUCGACCACAAGUUCUCAAUGGGAUUAAGGUCUGGGGAGUUUCCUGGCCAUGGACCCAAAAUGUAGAUGUUUUGUUCCCCGAGCCACUUAGUUAUCACUUUUGCCUUAUGGCAAGGUGCUCCAUCAUGCUCUCAGGAUGCUUUACUGUUGGCAUGACACAGGACUGAUGGUAGCGCUCACCUUGUCUUCUCCGGACAAGGUGUUUUCCAGAUGCACCAAACAAUCGGAAAGGGGAUUCAUCAGAGAAAAUGACUUUACCCCAGUCCUCAGCAGUCCAAUCCCUGUACCUUUUGCAGAAUAUCAGUCUGUCCCUGAUGUUUUUCCUGGAGAGAAGUGGCUUCUUUGCUGCCCUUCUUGACACUAGGCCAUCCUCCAAAAGUCUUCGCCUCACUGUGCGUGCAGAUGCACUCACACCUGCCUGCUGCUAUUCCUGAGCAAGCUCUGCACUGGUGGUGCCCCGAUCCGGCAGCUGAAUCAACUUUAGGAGACGGUCCUGGCUCUUGCUGGACUAUCUUGGGCGCCCUGACGCCUUCUUCACAACAAUUGAACCUCUCUCCUUGAAGUUCUUAAUGAUCCGAUAAAUGGUCGAUUUAGGUGCAAUCUUACUAGCAGCAAUAUCCUUGCCUGUGAAGCCCUUUUUGUGCAAAGCAAUGAUGACGGCACGUGUUUCCUUGCAGGUAACCAUGGUUAACAGAGGAAGAACAAUGAUUUCAAGCACCACCCUCCUUUUAAAGCUUCCAGUCUGUUAUUCUAACUCAAUCAGCAUGACAGAGUGAUCUCCAGCCUUGUCCUCGUCAACACUCUCACCUGUGUUAACGAGAGAAUCACUGACAUGAUAGCAGCUGGUCCUUUUGUGGCAGGGCUGAAAUGCAGUGGAAAUGUUUUUUGGGGAUUAAGUUCAUUUUCAUGGCAAAUCACUCUUCGUGACAUUCUGGAGUAUAUGCAAAUUUCCAUCAUCAAAACUGAGGCAGCAGACUUUGUGAAAAUUAGUAUUUGUGUCAUUCUCAAAACGUUUGACCACGACUGUAGUUGAGGCUGGCACAUUACUGUCUCCCUUCUGUCUCCCUUCUUGUUUCAUACUAUUCAUAUCUGAAUAAAGUGGAAAUCCUAAAUACAAUUGAAAAACAUUUUUAAAUCACAGAAUCACAGUUAUUCGCAGAUAACAUUCUGAAAUGUUGAUAAUCAAUCGAUGUAUCUUUUUUAUAUGGUCAGAUUGAUAUUGUACUUACAUGAUUUGAGUUGUAAUAACACUGUUGACAUCUUCCACUGUCAGUUUGAAGGGGAGAUCCAGGUGUUAUAUGAUGUUACCAUAGAUCCUACCUUGGCCAGUAAGAAAUGGGGGAACAAAGACCUGCAGUUGAAGCCAGGAGAGGUGAUCGAUGUCAUUGUGAAGCCAACAGAUGGCAAACUGAUCGGCAGGAACAGAGACGGGAAGUGUAAGUUGAAAUCAGUUGUUGUGGAUGAAUUAUUCACAACCAAAUAUAAACGAUUAAUUGCUAUAUUUAUUCCUAUUUUCUAGUUGGUUAUGUGUCCAUGGUCAAUGUUGCACAGUAAGUUCAAGAGUUAUUUCUGUUUGUUGUAAUACACAUGCAUGUGCUCACUCAAAACAUUCACACGUUCACACACGUGCGCACACACACACACACACACACACAACCACACACAGCUAAUGUUUUGACAUAUGAUUUUACUUCAACAGGGAUGGUGGAGAUAUUUAUGACGACAUUGGAGAAAGUAUGUUUCAAAACCAUUCUAGAAAUUAUUUGGGUCACACUUUAUUAGGAUAGUCCAGAUUUUCCAUCUGUAGAUGCUCUACAGAUUAUCAUACUACCAACAAACUAUCUGUUGAUAAGCAACUGCUUGCUAUGGUUACGGUUAGGGUUAGGGUUAGGUUUAGAAUAAGGGUAAUGGUUAAGUUUAGGGUUAGGAUAAGGGUUACAUUUAGGGUUAGGUUAAGGUUAGGGUAAGGGUUAGGGUAAGGGUUAAGUUUAGGGUUAGAAUAAGGGUUAGGGUUAGAGCUAGGGUUAGGAUAAGGGUUAGGGUUAGAGCUAGGGUUAGGGUUAGUAGAUAGUUAGUUUAAAUGUUACUGAUAGUCUGUAGAUGGUCCAUCUGUAGAUGCUCUACAUACUAUCAAAAUAAAGUGUUACCAUUAUUUGUGACUAACUGUACAACAAUUUGUUUAAACAAUUAUGCUGCCAGCUGUAUGGACUGCUUUCAAGAUAUUAGUUUGCAGACAAGAUAGGCCUACUUACAGAAUCAGGCUGAUGAAAGAAUAUAGGCCUACAUACAUUUAUUUUUAAUUGUAUGUGUUUGGAAUACAAUGCAUAAUAAUUUUACAAACAUGGUGAUUGGUACUACUUGUUUAUUUUCUUACAGACUGCAUUUAUGACAAUGACUGAGACUUCUUUGUCAGAAUGUACUGAGACAACAGCACUGAACUCUGCAAUGGACACUGCAACUGGUCAUCUUAAUGUUAUCUGGUGAAAAAAACAAUUGACAUCAAAUGUGUAAUUUGACUGUGUUGAAAUAACUAUAGAUAAAUGUGCCUUGACUAUACUGUGGUUGUUUCGUUUAUUCAAUCCGGGUUGCAAUGUGAAUGAAUGGAUUUGAGAAAAAUGUCUCUCUUUGAAUGUGAAACAUUCACUGUGUAUUUUUGU